AUGCUUAGUCAGGUGCAGGACAAGCCCCCAAACUCUGCCUCUUUUCAGAAGCCGAGCAGUGACUGUGUCAGGAAGCUGUCUGCAAGAAAGGCAAAGAAGAAGAAAGCCGUAUUCUGGGGCAUUGAGGUGGCUGAAACCCUCAGGUGGCAUGGCUGGGAACUUGGAAAAGAGAUGAUCAAACACCUGAUCUUGAAAAAUGUUCAUGAGAAAACCCAGAAGCUGAGCUACAGGUGUCCUUCCACGCAGUUCUUCUUCACUGUUUUUCCACAGCCGAUUACUCUGAGCCCUGGCAUCUCCUUAAGUCUGCCCAUCGUUUUUCGGCCCACUGAAAAGAGGGAAUAUGAAGACAGUAUCUGCUUUAAGAAGGCUGAGGGAGAGUUCUCUGUAACCCUCCAUGCUACACUUCCACGUAUCUGUCUGUCCUUCCCAGCUGCUGUCCAGUUGCCCACCUGUGCUGUCCACAAUGUCACGGAGACAACAUUCCCUGUGCGCAACGUUGGCGAUCUUGCUGCUGUGUUUACCUGGGAGACACCAAGCCCUUUCAACAUCAUUCCAGGCUCCUGCAUUCUGGACCCAGGUGCUGAGUGCAUGGUCAAAGUACUCUUCCAACCCAAGGUGGCUAUGAUAUACAAUGUGACAGCAACAUGCUGGCUUGGAGUUGAAGAGAAAAAGAAGAGGACUAUGCAGCUAAAAGCCCUGUCCAAAUACCCAUACCUGCAGGUGAGGGUGAUGGAGGAAAAGUGUGAAGGUGCACGGCCUAGAAAGUUUCAGGAUGUGCUGUGCUUUGGAUCAGUGCCAGUGGGGACCACCGUGGAGAAGUGUGUAGAAAUAUUCAACCUGUCUGUGGUAGAUGCCUCAUGUAGGAUAGAAAGAGCAAAACAUCCUCUGCUUCGAGAUCAUGUUUUCUCCUGUGAUGUGUCCAAAGCUGUUGUCCCUGCCAAUGGGAAGCUGGUCUUGCACAUACAAUUUCAGCCUCAGACUGUAGGAAAGCACAGUACUGACUACUUUACUAUCACAUCUGCUGGACGCCUCCUGCAGGCCGACCUGAAGGUGGUUGGCUCAUGUAAAGGUCCUUUGGUGUUCCUGCACAAAAAUUCUGUGGACUUUGGCUGUAUCAAUCUUGGGGAAAGCUUGAUGCAGACACUGAAAAUCAGCAACAGCUCAGAUGUCCCAGCCUAUUAUCAGUUUGAUAUUGAUGGCAGAGGGAGCGUAUUCUCCUUGGAUCGCCCCUGUGGUGUCUUGGAGGGCACAACAACACUAGUGCUGAAGGUGACCUUUGGACCUACUCACCCCAUCAGCUAUCACCGCAGAGUGGUGUGCCUUGUCCACCAUCAGGAACCUAUGUUUGUGGACUUUUUUGGUACCUGCCAUUCAGACACGGCUAAGCCAGCCAUCCUUCAGGCAAAGCACCUCUCCUGGUACCGAACCAACAUGGUGAGGGAACUGACUUUCUACCCCCCUGAUAUCCUGUACGCAAUGCUGAAGGAUGAGAAAUUACAGAUGGAUGAAAAGGGAGCCCUCAUGCUGCCCCCCAAGAUCCCUCAGGACAAGCGUCCCAAGGAAUACUGUGAAGCCAACUCCAUGACUGAAUAUUUCUACAAUGGUGUGAGCAGUGACCUGGCCUUGUUUCCCCCUCAUGUUAGUGUCAGCCCCAUGGAGUAUGAUUUUGGUUGCUGCGUGCCGCUCCACAAGGUAGAACCACUUCCUCUCUGUGUGACCAACCACACCAAAGGAAAGAUCACUGUUGCCUGGACUCUGAACCAUGGUAGUGCCUUCAGAGUGAGCCCUGAAAUCUGGGAUAUCCCACCUUUGAAAUCUUCAGCCUUCCGUGUCCUUUUCCAGCCCACUCAGCUCAACAGUCUCUAUGCAGCAGAGCUGGAAGGUUUUGCCUUCUACAAGGUGCAGACACACUACAACAACAUUGAGGAGCAUGCCACCAUCUGUCCGUCCUGGUGCCUGACUGUCAGGCUGAGAGCACACACUUAUGAAGCAGAACGGGAGCACUUUCUCCCACAGUAUGUCCUGGAUGUCCCCAAGACUUUUCCUCCUGUGGCUCCUGACAUCGAUACCUACUGCAGCAUGCUGCUCUUGAACACGGGCACCACUCCGAUAACCUUCAGUGUGAACCAAGCUGCCUGUCCCUCUGUUCUGGUCAAGCCCUGCUCAGGACACAUCACUCCAGGAGACCACCAGAUUUUCUUUCUCUCCACUCACCCACUUAACACAGUCUCACAGCAGCAUGUCCUGCCUUUGCAGCUGAACUCUUGGCCUGGAUACACCAAGGUGAUCACUCUCCAGAGUCGUGGGGAGUCCCUUCUUUUGCUCUUAGAGGGUGAUGGAAAUCUAUACUUCAAACCUGUCUAUGUAGGGUCCUCCUAUACACAACUGUAUACCAUAAAAAACUGCACAAGGCUGCCCAUGAAUUUCACAUGGAAGAUCCAUCAGUCUGACAGCAAGAUCCUGUCUGUCAGCCCUGCUACAGGGAUCCUCCAACCCUAUGAAGCCAUGGCUCAGGAGUGGACUUUUACUCCUGACAAGGAGACCAAGUAUCUGCUGCAUGCUAAGGUGUUUGUGAGGAGAAAAAGCCCAGACCCCAUGUUCCCCAAAGGUGUCCAUUAUGUCUUACGGAUUGUUGGAGAAGGGGUGCUGGGCAUCAUCAGGGCACAAAAGGAGCACCUAGACCUUGGAAAUAUUAUUGUUGGUGACCUGCAAAGCUGCAGCAUUGUACUGCUAAAUGAUGGGACCUGUUCUCUAAAGUACAUCCUCAGCGUGGAGCAACUCAUCACUGGGCCUUGUGACCCCGAGGAUGUCCACAGUGAUCCACUGGCUCUAGAGCUGGAACACUCCAGAGGGACAAUCCCUGCAAGGUCAAAAGCUUUGAUCCGAGUAACAGUCAAGCCAGCCCGUCGGCUCCAUUACACCUGGUCAAUCAAAUAUGCUAUUUACACCCCCACAGCUACAGAUCUUGCAAGCACAGAAGAGGAGCAGCAGCCCCUCUGCUGCAUCGAAGCAACAGGGGUCUACCCAACUCUCUGCAUCACAGAUGCCUGUUCAGCAGGGAGUGCCAGAGGUAUCAGCAAGUUGCACCUCUGGAGGCUCUUUUCCUUGGAUGCACUGAAUGAAUACUUGGAGCAAGACCCAACUCCCAGCCAGCUCACUUACAGAGUUCCCACAAGGCACAGCACAUGCUUGAUCCCUCCAGUGUACACCCCUCUCCUGCUGGACUUCAAUUUUGGGGCUGCCCCGAUAGGCUCAGAGCCUGCCCUUGUGAUGCUCCAGCUGGCCAACAAGGGUGUGGUGCUUGUGGAGUGGGCCUUCUUGUUUCCUUCUGAUCAGAAGAUAGACAUGGAGCACUGGGCAGAGGAUGUUGAGUUUAGCCCCCAGGAGCUGCAUCAGAUGAGAAUUCAGGAUAACCAGCUCUUCAGUGUUUCUCCGAAGUCAGGGAAACUUCUUCCAGGACAGGAGGAAUUAGUCCAGCUCUCACACAGACAUGAUUUCAUUGGCACCGAUCACCUCCCUGUCCUGUUGAAGGUUUCCUAUGGCCAGGAGAUUCUGCUGAACUUCAGCAGCGUGACAGUGGAACAGAACCAGCAGUACAUCCAUUUUGCAUCCACCACGCACCUCUUCACACCCAUUGCCAUUGGGACCUCCAAUCCCCCCACACAGAUUUAUGAACUCUACAAUGGCGGCUCUGUUCCUGUCAAGUUUGAGCUUCAGCUGGACAAUGUUGUGAGCAUCAAGGAGGAGAAUUUUCGGCAUUCUGUGUUUGUCUGCCUGACUCCUAGAGGAGAAAUCCCCCCUGGCACAACAGGUCUCGUUGAGUGGAUCUUCUCACCACUGGAAGCCAGAACGUACUCAGUUGAUGUUCCCAUCUACAUCCUGGGGGGUGAAUCAGCUCUGAUCACCUUUCAGGGAGUAGGAUAUGAUCCCAAUAUUGUAGAAGAGACUGCCACAUCCAGAGAAGUUUUGUCUCGUUCGGUCUGUCCAGGUUCUAUGGAGCUAACUGUGCCUGGGCAGGCAGCCACCUUGUCACACCACAGGAUCUGCUUUGGAAAUAUCCCGAACUGUGCCAAAGCCAGUCGACUUGUCUUUCUCAACAAUAUCUUGGAGAGCAAGACUAUUGCAUUCAUCUGGUGGAUAAGUACCUGUAAAGACAAGCGGGUAUUGCAGAUUGCUCCAGAGUCAGGGGUUGUGCAGGCCGGAGAGAGCAUCCCCUGCUUCAUCACAGUGCAGUGUUCAGGGAGUCCUUCCAUCUGGAGCACAGAUCUGGUGUGUGAGGUAUACAUCCAGGAGUCCCUGUUUCAGUAUGAGAGGGAGCUGCAGGAGUGGGAAAAGGAGAAAGAACGACAAGCUGUGGAAUUCACCAUCACAGAGAAGGACCUUGGGACAAAGAAGAAACAAAAGUCACCUGCACGAAGGUCAUCAGAUUCUGCUGAGACAGAAAAUAUUCCUGAAUCCUCAGCUAUGAUCAGGAAAUACAAGACAUUACCCCCUAUUAAAAACCAUCCAACGCCAAAUCUGCCAGCUGGACAUUUACAGAGGAGGCUGCUGAUGGACAAAGAACCCACCUGGGUGUGGGUCAAACCACAGCCUCCCAAGCCCAUCCUCUUACAACUCGGUGUGACAGGCAGGUCGUACUAUGUUGAGGACUUCUUCAGCAACUUCCCCUCAGAGUUCCCCAAAUACUUCUUGUCCCGCCCCUCCAUUGACCUGGGCUUGGAAAGCAGCUAUGUGGAUGAGAGUAGGGUCAGAGACAGGAUGGACAUGGACCCCAGACGGCUGUCCCUGGCUGCUGCUUCCAAGCAGGAGAUGCAGAUAGUGACUGACAUACUCGGAGGUGUCAUCAGAGAUGUCUUGGAGGAUACCCAGUUUCAUGAAGCAGUGAAAAGAUGCCUGGAUGACCCCAUUCCAUAUUUCUCCCAGUUCCAAUGUGCAGAAUCGGCAGAGCUCCAGGACAGGAGACAGCGCUCCACAGUCCCCUCUGGGGUCUCUGCUUUGACAGAUCUUUACCCUGAGAAGGGUGGAGAGAGGAAAGAAAUGAGGCAGGAAACCUCUCCCAACACUGAUUUGCUGGAAUCUUGGGACAUUUCCUCCUACGAGCAGUUGAGGGAGAAGAAGAAGAUGCUGAGGAGGCAGCCGGCCUUUGGGAACCUGGUGGAUGAGGUGCUGGAAGACACACUGCAGAAUAUCCUGAUGGAAGCCAGCAGUGGGGAGCUGGUGCUGACAGCUCGGGCCAGGGUCACUCCUCUACCCCGCCGCCAUUCCCAAAGUGUCACCAGUCGAGCACCUGCACCCUCAGGAUCAUAGCUGCUGGCCACUGUGCUGCUCGAACUCUUCAAGGUCAUCAACUGUUUCCACUUCUCAUUCUGUCCCUGUGAUGUCCAGAGCAACUCUGAUCCUCCCACACCAUGACCUAUGCUCAGCAUGCUGGCUGCCUCUGAGGAGAUAUGUCCUGGUUAUGUCCUCAGCUCCAAUUUGAAUCUUCUGGCAACUCCGCAGCAGAGUUCAUGAGAUCCCUUCUCUCUGUGGCUAGCCACAUCGUUGUAAAAGAACCUGGACAUGGACAGCCUCUCUGACUGUUACCAGUGCUCCCAGUCUGUAUCAGCUCAGAGUGGAAUCUGCUUUGAACUGUAGCUGAGGAUGGGCUGAGAGCUGGGCCUUGAGGUGCUGAGCCUCUGCUCACUACACAGCAGUAGGAUGCAAGUACUGAAUCCUCCUCCCCUUCUUGCUACAGUGACUGCUGUAGGUCCCACAUACAGUGACCCAGUCAGAGAGAGCAGCUGCAGCACCAUCAAGCAAACUGGCAGCCCAAUAAAAGCAGCUUGACCCGUG